AGAAUUGGACGAGAAACAUGACGAGGAAAAUGAAUGAGAGAUUUAUUCAACACCUACGAAUUAUGUGAAGUUGAAAUCUACACGGCAUUUAUAGGAAAGCAUUACGGAUUGCGACAAAAACUUGAGGACUAAUAUGAAAGAUUCCCCACUUUUAAUUCGUAUCAGUACAGCGAUAUCGUAUGCUGUAUGUUCGGUGCUAAUUGUUUUUAUCAACAAAGUAUUGCUCACCAACUUUGGAUUUCCAUCAUUUUUAAUUGUUGGAUUAGGACAGAUGAUAGCGACUGUUGUAAUUUUGUGGUUUGCUGCUCUCCUGAAUUUCGUCUCAAUUCCCCCAUUCGAUUUAUCCGUUCCACUUAAGAUUUUCCCAUUGCCAGUUUUCUAUGUUCUGAAUCUAAUAUCCGGAUUGAGUGGCACACAAAGGAUAAGUCUUCCGAUGUUCACUGUGUUACGUAGAUUUUCAAUCUUGAUGACAAUGGUGCUGGAAUAUGUUAUACUUGGGGUGAAAGCAUCGUAUGCGGUGAAAAUCUCGGUUGCUUUGAUGAUUCUAGGUUCUGUGAUUGCAGCUGUGUUUGAUCUAACAUUUGACGUUUGGGGAUAUUCGAUGAUUUUGAUCAACGACAUCUGUACAGCCGCUAAUAGCGUUUACAUGAAACAAAAGCUUAUUGCUAAGAAGUUUGAUAAAUACGCUCUUUUAUAUUACAAUGCAUUAUUGAUGAUUUUUCCUGUGAUUAUUUUGGCUUGGAUAAAUCGGGAAUUUGAAAAGAUACAUCAAUACAUAAGUGCUGGAAAUAUGACUAUAUGGGUAGCUGCUUGCUUAUCAUUUUCGUUUGUUUGCGGCUACUUGCUCAAUUGUUCGAUCGUUUUAUGUACACAUCAUAAUAGUGCCCUUACCACUUCAUGUGUCGGUCCAGUUAAAAACUUACUUGUAACGUAUGUUGGGAUGUUUUCAUCGGGCGAUUAUUUAUUUGGAUGGAACAACUUUAUUGGUAUCAAUAUCAGCAUUGUGGGGAGUCUUCUUUAUACUUACGUCACAUUUAGAACAGAGGAAAAAGGUGUACAGCAUAUGAUCGUUAAAACGUCAUCUAAUGUUGACGAUCAACAGCCUUUAUUAUAAUACAUUAAGCAUACUUCCACAUUAAUUUGAUAUGUUGUUUUCUUUCUGGAUGAAAAGUCGAGAUAUAAGUUGGGAAUUUUUCGUAAAACAUUGAAUUUGCGCUUUCUCUCUUUCAUGUUUUACGAAUGAUCUCGACCAAUCCCACCCAAAAAAAGAACUCCAACUGUAUAUUUCUGUUUGCUUCCCUCUUUAUCCAAAUAAUUUCACUGCUGCUCCUCGAUCCCUUCAUCUGUAAUGCUUUUUGGCAGAUGUCCUGAUGAUAAGUCUUGGUUGGCACCUUCCUAGGUUCCCGCUUUCCUUGUACUGGAAGUUACAACAUUAUGCAUUGUUUGUAUUGUUGGUUCCCUUAUAAUCGUUGGAUACCAUUUUUCCACAGUUUAUGGCCUUGUCAAUCUUCAGUAUUAAUAGUUCACAAAAAAAGUUGAGAAACACCACGUAGUUGGCAUCACUUAACCAGUAUAACACUUCAAAAAAGUACAGGUAUUUGCUUUUCUUGAUAAUCAAAAUAUUAAAGUGGUAAAGUGGUUUGUUCACACGCAUCACUCAUAACUGACAUGGGAUAGCUGUAUCAGGUCGAAGUAGUUUCCAGAAAAUUCGAAAACAGCAAGUUCAUUGUUUCACAUUCAAAACCAGCUUAGCCAUACUCACAAAUGAAAAGCGAUGGAAAACACUAAGGCUUCCAAAACUUUCUGUUGGCCACUGAGUCAAGCUGCCAUAUUCAAAUAUCAAAUUUGUUUUGCUUACCAAUGUUACUAAAAAACAAUCUGAAUCUGUGUACAGCAGAC